UGUGCUUGAUUACUACUGCAGCUACUGUCACUUGUCUAAACAAUUAAAGUUACGAUCAAUUAGUUGAUAAUUAUUUUACCAAUACAUGAACAAGUUUUAUCAAGUAAAGAACUUACCAAAAAUAAUAUGUCAUCAUCAAGACGAGUCACAGGCUUUGGAUCACUAUCUAUACCACUGUCUUCCAUUACAAUCAGAGCUGCCAUUUAGUUACCUAAAUUUAAAAAAUAUCCAUUAUUAAUAUAAAUUACUGAAUAACUUACAGAAAGUAUAUUCAUGAAUAUUUAUCAACAUGACAUUAUUCAUUACCCAUAUGGACAACUUGUUGGAGUGUCCUGAUAAUCAUAAAAGAGGCAGUAAUGUCAAUGUUUUUACUUGGAAAUAGUUAAAAUUUAUACUAACAAAACACUUAAACAUACUUUGAGUAUUUUUCAGUAUUAUAUAUUACAUAAAAAUCAUUAAAUUUUAUUCAGAGAUCUUUUUUACACGAUUCAACACAGAUGCUGUGCCAAACUGAGGACACAUGCACCCUACAACUCGACCCCACUCCUACGUCGAGCAUGUGCUUAUUGAUUUUCCGUAGAGAACGUCGUGAAAACAUUUCAACAAGACAAAAUAUUUUUCAUUUCAUCGACAAAAAUAUUUCACUUUUGAAAUUAAAGAAAAAUUCAAACGAUGGUUAAUUGGAAAAUAAUAAAUAAAAGUCAUUGGAAAGAUAGAUGGAUGAUGAAUUCUAAAGUAAAAAUUGAGUGGUUGUAUCCUAGGCAACCGAGUGCUGUUGUAAUCAUGGAAUUAAUGGAUAUUUAUGAAAUACCAGAUUGAUAGUUACAUUUGAAAUUACACUGGAGUUUAAUGAAAUUUAAUCAUGCCACAAUCAAUGAAAAAGAGCCCGUCUAAAGCUUCAGACUCAAGUAAAGACCAAACAAGUCUUUCAAAGAGUCGAAUACCAAAAAUGGAUUCAUCAGGAGGAGACAUGGAUUGGUUUAAAGGGAAGAUAUUCUUGAAACCAGAAGAUCAAUUAUUAUUAACAGAAGCAGAAUUACAAGAGGAAAUCGUUAGAGUGUUGACAAUUCAUAACCCUAGAAUACCAGAUUCAUUAGUAGAAUGGUCUUGGAAAGAAGGAGCUUUUAUUAAUUUACCUAAACCGCCUGAUAUAGUCACCAUUUUAAGUGUACCCGGUACAUUACUUCAUAAAGAUUCAGAAGAAGCAAAGAAGCAGGCAUCUGGAGGUUCUAUUGAUGCUGAAAAACCUACCAUUAAAGUAGAAGAACCGAUAAAAAAGGAGGAAGAACCGGAAGAAGAUGCUCCAGAUGCUGAAGAAGCAGAUGAAGAGGGAGAUGAUAAACAAGCAGAUGGAGGUGGAGAAGCAGAGCUUGAAACUGCAGAGGAAGAAGCUUCAGAAAAACCUGUUAAAGUACCAAAUCAAUUUAACUUUUGUGAACGAGCUGCUCUUACGUAUCACAAUCCCGUUCGAGACAUGAGCACGCAAACUGUUCCACCACCAACAGCGUCAUUUAAUUCUGCUGUAUUUCAAUGGGUGAUUUUUGAUGAAUAUCAAGAGGAUUAUGAACGUCAACAAAGGGAAAAAGAAAAGGAAAAAAAACCUUUACCUCAACAAAAAAAAGGAGAAGAUAUGACUGUUAAGAAGAAAACGCUAAUUGAAUCUGUAGCAGUUAAUCAACGAAUGUUACAAGCUGCUAAAACAUUAGACCGAAUGGUCAAUCAAAAUAUUUUUAAUGAAAUUUUACAAGAUUAUAGGUAUUGGAAUGAUCCAAGCGAUGAAUUCAAGGACGGUGAAGGGUCUCUUCUUCCUUUGUGGAAAUUCCAGUAUGAGAAAACUAAAAAACAUGACGUCACAGAUUUAUGCUUCAAUGCUCGUUAUUAUGAUUUAUUUGCUGUCUCUUUUGGAUCUUUUUCUUUUGAUAGCCCCGUGUCAAAUGGUACAGUUUGCUUGUUCAGUCUGAAGAAUCCUUCGUAUCCUGAAUGGACAUGUAUCACCGAAUCUCCAGUUAUGUGUCUAGAUUUCAAUACUCAACAUCCUCAUCUGCUAGUAAUUGGUAUAAUGGAUGGUACUGUAGCAGUAUAUAAUGUAAUGUUACCACCAACAACACCUCAAUAUAGAAGCAAUGAAGUUCAUCAAAAACAUGGUGGUAUAGUGUGGGAAGUACGAUGGGCUCCAGAUACAGAUGAAGGUAAUUUGGCCUUCUACAGCGUUAGUAUUGAUGGAAAAAUAAAUCAUUGGAUUUUAAAUCAAAAUGAAUUGGGACUGGUAACAAUCAUGACUCUAUAUCUGGAUCGACCACCAAUUCCAGGACCGGAUGGUACUUUAAUAACUCUCCAAGGAUGUGGAACAUGUAUAGCUUUUCAUCCAACAGAGAAAGACGUAUUUCUUGUUGGUACUGAGGAAGGAACGAUUUACAAGUGUAAUACAGCUUUCAGUAGUAUAUAUAUGCAGACAUAUAAUGAAGCACAUAACAUGCCAGUUUAUCGGAUAGUAUUUAAUAAAUUCAAUUCAAGUAUUUUUGCCAGUUGUUCAGGAGAUUGGAGGAUAAAAAUAUGGGAAGACAAUAGAUUAGAACCGUUGUUCAUGUUUGACCUUGGUGUACCAAUUGGAGAUAUACAAUGGGCUCCAUACAGUUCGACAGUAUUGGCAAGCGUUUCGAAUGAUGGAAAAGUGACAGUAUUUGAUUUAAACGUGAAUAAAUAUCGACCAAUAUGUAGUCAACCAGUUGUAAGCAAACGACGUAGCAAAUUAACAAGAUUAGCUUUUAAUAGUGUACUCCCCUUCAUUAUUGUUGGUGAUGACAAAGGAACAGUCAACAGUCUUAAAUUAUCUCCAAACUUAAGAGUUAAAGUAAAACCAACUAAAAAACAAAUGCAUCUAUCUCAUGAAGAAUUAGAGUCAAUGAAAUUAGAAAGAUUAUUAAGCUUUGUGCGUGAACCACCAAUUCUGACAGCGCCAAAAGAUGUUAGAAUAACAAAUUAGUUAGUUUCAAUAAAA